CGUUGCUCUGUUCCGUAUCACCAUCCUUUUAUUCUUGUUCCGCCUUUUACCCGUCGACCUUGAUCAGAAAUUUCCCUUGUUGUUCUUUUAGAGAUACAAUCAUGACCCUAGUCGCCGCAGUUCCUCGUCGUGAUGCGUCAUUUAAGAAGACCGUGUCAGCUGAAGACGGUCGUCGAUCUCGGGAAGAGACAACUUUGCAUAUUCGAAAAAACAGAAUGGCCGAGCGCAUGGCCAAACGUCGCACAGCACCGAUGUCAAACCAAAGCACAGCCAUUGACAGCAAUAUCGAUAGUGCAGCCCAUCAACCCGUGCCAACCACUGCAAAAGAAAUUGACAUUGCUGUAGCUGGCUCUGUGCAAACUUUCCGCGCAUGGGAGGCAAAUCCUGCGUCGGUGAACGACGAUUCUCUAGCAGACGCCACCAAAGCAAUUCGACGACUAUUGUCAAAGGAACGAAACCCACCUGUUGUCCAGGUAAUUCGAUCGGGAAUUAUCUCUUUUUUGGUACGAUUCUUGCAGGAGGACAAAACUGACGCUCCACGUUUGCAGUUUGAAUCGGCAUGGGCACUCACGAACAUUGCUUCAACAAGUCGGACAUCGGAUGUGGCCCAUAGUGGUGCCAUCCCACAUUUGGUCCGUAUUAUCAAUCAUGCAGACUCAGCGGAGCUUCGUGAGCAAGCUGCUUGGUGCAUUGGAAAUGUGGCUGGAGACUCCAUUGAGAACCGAGAUGGUCUCCUUGCCACGCCGAUGUUGACCAACGGUAUGUUGAAAAAUAUAUCUCGUCCAGCGAACCUCUCGCUACUGCAGAACUUUACCUGGGCAAUUUCCAAUUUAUGUCGAUUUAAACCAUCUCCCGAUUUUGGUGCUGUUGCUCCUUUUAUAAGUGCAUUGGUAAACAUUCUCAAUGAAGUUGAGAAUGGUGUCGGUGCCGAAAGCGCCGUAGACCUACAGACGGACACACUCUGGGCGCUAUCGUACUUAUCGGACGGCGACGACGCUCGAAUCAACGCGGUUCUUGAAGCAGGUGUGCUCAAGCUUUUGAUGAAUAUUUUUGACAAUGAUAGUGUUCCUUCCAAUACCCUCUUGCCGGCCGUUAGAGUGAUUGGGAAUUGUGUGUCAGGAAGUCAUGCUCAAACUGACGCGGUGAUCCGUGCAGGUUUCACCGAGCGGGUAGGAAAACUACUCCAUCAUCCAUCGAAAACUGUUCAAAAAGAUGCUUGCUGGGCGGCGUCAAACAUCGCUGCCGGAACCGAAGUGCAGCUUAAUGCACUUCUUGCUGCAGAGCCUUUGAAUGGAAUUCCAAAGCGAAUUAUUGAGAUGGCAAUUUAUGGGAACUUUGACAUUCGGCGCGAAGCUGUGUACACGAUUUCAAACAUUUUGACAACAGGGCAGUUUCAUGAGACAAAAAUCAUGGUGCAGGAGGAAGCUUUGAAAGCUUUGUCGAGCAGUCUUGAGCUGAAGCAAGAUUCUCGUAUGUUGAUUGCAGCUAUGGAAGCCUUGGAAACAAUUUUCGAGUACGACGCAAAGUUCAAUCAAAAUUACUGUGUCCUUUUCGAUGAAGAAAAAGGUAUUGACAAGCUGGAAGAGUUGCAGCAGCAUUCUAUAGACGAGGUCUAUGAAAAGGCCAGUGCCAUCAUAACACUCUACUUUGGAGUAGAAGACGAAGAUGAUUUGGAUGAGAAUAUGGUGCCGAAUGAGAAUGGUGACGGAGAGCUCGCCUUCGGCUUUCCAAAGCAGCUAUUUCCGGAAAACCAACAAUCCGGUGCCCCGACGUUCGACUUUUCAGAUGUCGAUACACAAGGGUCGCCCGCAAUCCUGGGACAAAUUCAGCGUUGAAUAUCUAGUUCAUACGAAAAUCGAAUUCUGUCGGCGUCGUCUGUCUACGGAAACUUGAUCACAACCGUGUGUAAAAAAAGACGAUUAGAAUCCCUCUACUUUCACUAACAUAAAACUAAAUCUCCUUAAAGAGCU